AUGGUGGUCCAGCGCGAUCGUUCCCAUGAACUCUACAGUUUGUUUGAGGGCAUGAAGGGUGUAGGUGGAGCGAGCAUUCAAGAAACGUCAUCCACGGCUUUUUUGUCGGCUGAAGGGGAUACGCCGCGACCGCCACACUCGGGUUUACAUUCCAGCAGCGAAGUGCAGCUUUUUAAUCGAUUUGCCCAGGCGUUUUCAAUGGAUCUUGCUAAGGUGUCGGAGUCAAUAAUGCGACUGACGAAACUCACUCAACGGCAAAGUGUGUUUGAGGACCAGUCAUCAGAAAUAACGGGGCUCACACAAGUGGUCAAAUCGUCAUUGCAGAGGCUUCAAACGGAUUUGGAAACACUGGAGGAGCUCAAGCAGCGGGCGCUUGUUGCACAGAAAACAGCGGCAUCCAAAAGAAACGGUGGGGCAUCCGGUGAGUCCCAUAGUCUGUGGAAUUCGGGUGGAAGCGCAGAUUCUGUUGUCAGAACCUCUGCAAAGCAUAGUGACACGGUGGUGGAUACUUUGCGAACACGACUUGCCCGUACCGGACAGGAGUUUCGGACCACGCUGCAGCAACAAACGCGGGCGAUGAAGGACAAUGCACAGCGCCGCAAUAUGUUUACGACGAGUGAACGUAUGCAAACAUUUGAAAGUGCGUUGUUUCAGGAUCAGGAGCGGCAUCAACUUCAACGACAGCAACUAAUGUCAGGGACUAGUAAUGCGCAGUACUACAAACAGCGUGCCGAGGCAGUUCGGGAACUUGAGGCCACUGUUGUGGAGGUGGGUGAACUAUUCAAUGACUUUGCACGACUUGUGCACGAGCAGGACGAGGUUGUUCUCCGAAUCGACACAGACGUGGACAAUGCGCUGCGACACGUGAACGCUGGAAGUAACGAGUUGAUGCGAUAUUUGGCAAACUUAAGCUCAAACCGUGGCUUGAUAUUAAAGAUCUUUGGUAUCCUAUUCUUUUUUUUGCUAUUUUUCGGUCUGGUCAUUGUGCGUUAG